AUUUCCACAAGAAUAGAUCUCUCUCUCUCUCGCUGUGUUUCCAUAUCUAUCGUCCAGUCUCAAUGGAGCGCGGCAUGCGUCUGUUUUCAUCUCUCGUCCUCGUCCUGCUGCUUGUCACGGCCACUGAGAUGGGGCCAAAAGUAGCAGAGGCAAGGACUUGUGAGUCACAGAGCCAUCGCUUCAAGGGGGCAUGCCUCAGCGACACCAACUGUGCAUCCGUCUGUCAAACCGAGGGCUUUCCUGCAGGGGAUUGCAAGGGCGCCCGACGCCGAUGCUUUUGCGUUAAACCUUGUUAGUGAAUGGGAGAGGCUCCAUGACCAUACACGUCCCCAGGCCAGUUAACUACUGCUAACGAUGGUUUAUCGGAUCAUCAUUUAUCCCUUCAGAAUAAAAUGACUUUUGUAUGGGAUUUAGUCUUUGUUCAUUGACUACUUUAUGCUUUAUCCUCUGAUCGAGUUGGUUGUGUGGUUUAAUUUUGUGCUUGUACUUCUGGCUUUUCUUGGUAUGAUAAUCAAGUAUGUAUCAUCAAGAGUAGUCUCUAUC